GGCCGACGGGAGCGGCGGCCGCGCUGAACAGGGCCAAGAUGGCGGCGGCGGCGGCGGCGCUACGCGGGACGGUGCUGGGCCCGCGGGGCGCGGGGCUCCCGGGCGCGCGGGCCCAGGGUCUGCUGUGCGGCGCGCGGCCCGGGCAGCUCCCGCUGCGGACGCCUCAGGCAGCGUCCUUGUCGUCCAAGUCUGGGUUUUCUCGCGGCCGGAAGGUGAUGCUCUCAGCGCUGGGCAUGCUGGCGGCGGGGGGUGCAGGGCUGGCAGUGGCUCUACAUUCUGCUGUAAGUGCCAGUGACCUGGAGCUGCACCCUCCCAGCUUUCCGUGGUCUCACCGUGGCCUCCUCUCUUCCUUGGACCACACCAGCAUCCGGAGGGGUUUCCAGGUAUAUAAGCAGGUGUGCUCCUCCUGCCACAGCAUGGACUAUGUAGCUUACCGCCACCUGGUGGGCGUGUGCUACACGGAGAAUGAAGCUAAAGCCCUUGCUGAGGAGGUGGAGGUUCAGGACGGUCCCAAUGACGAUGGGGAGAUGUUCAUGCGGCCAGGAAAGCUGUCCGACUACUUUCCCAAACCGUACCCCAACCCUGAGGCCGCACGAGCUGCCAAUAAUGGAGCAUUACCCCCUGAUCUCAGCUACAUUGUGCGUGCUAGGCACGGUGGUGAGGACUACGUCUUCUCCCUGCUCACUGGCUACUGUGACCCACCCACUGGGGUGUCGCUGCGAGAAGGCCUCUACUUCAACCCCUACUUUCCUGGCCAGGCCAUCGGCAUGGCCCCUCCAAUCUACACUGAAGUCUUGGAGUUUGAUGAUGGUACCCCAGCUACCAUGUCCCAGGUAGCCAAGGACGUGUGCACUUUCCUGCGCUGGGCAUCUGAGCCAGAGCAUGACCAUCGCAAACGCAUGGGGCUCAAGAUGUUGAUGAUGAUGACCUUGCUGGUGCCCCUGACCUAUGCCAUGAAGCGGCAUAAGUGGUCAGUCCUGAAGAGUCGGAAGCUGGCAUAUCGGCCACCCAAGUGAUCCUGUACAUCUGCCUGCCAUCCUGCCUGAAAAGGAUCUCAAGCCCAGGAGCCAUCUUGGGCCUGUUCAGGCCUCAGCUGGCCCACUCGGCCAAGCCGCUUGUCAUCUGGGACAAGAGUGGGGUGGACAGAAGACGAGGCUCAGCUCCUGAUCCUCCUUCAGCUCCCAUCAUGGGAAUAAAUUAAGUUUCUCAAUGUA